AUGGCAUCAGAAGACCCUAUGGCCAUGUUUGCGGACAUGAAGAAGAAGAAAAAGAAGCCAAAAGUCGCAUUCUCAGAGGAGCCAGCAAGCGCUGAUGCAGACCCGACGUAUCCACCCAAGGAACCCAUCGACGAUCCUGCAUUGGGACCUGUUACCGCUCAUGAGCGUAUUGCUACGAGUGCAGCAGCGAAUGCUGGAGGUGCAGAAGACGCAGAGGCCGAUGAUCUGAAGAACAUGUUUGGUGAUUUGAAGAAGAAGAAGAAAAAGAAAGAACUGGCGAUAGAGGAGCCAGAACCGGCCCCUGUGGCAGAUGCCAAUGCCAACGAGCUCGACUUUAGCGACAUCAAGAAGCCAAAGAAGAAGAAGGAAGUUCAACUAGACUUGGAUGAUGGUGCGGCACCAUUAGACGACUUUUCGGAUCUCAAAAAGAAGAAGAAGAAAAAGGACAUUCCCAUGGAUCUGGAAGGAGAUGCACCAGCUGCCGAGGGCGCAGAUGAUUUUUCGGACCUCAAGAAGAAAAAGAAGAAGAAGAUUCUCGCCAUGGAAGACUUUGAAAAGGAAUUGGGUAACGAAGCCGCUCCUGCUCCGAAAGCCAAAAAGCCCAAAAAGGUGGCAAUUGAGGAGAAUGAAGAAGGUGGCGAGGAUGAGGAUGAUGGUGAUUUCGACGAGAUUGAAGAGGUCGAUGAAGCCGAGCUCGGAGACAAUCCGUUCGCCGCCGGCGGUGGAGGUGGUGGAGAUGAGGCUGCGGCAUUGUUCAUAGACAGUGACAGGGACUACACAUACGAUGAGCUUCUCUCAAGAUUCUUCCGCCUCCUCCAUGCAGCCAAUCCAAACCUUGCAUCGUCGUCCGGGAAGCGAUAUACACUGGCACCUCCGUCCAUUCAUCGUGAUGGAAACAAAAAGUCGGUGUUCGCCAACAUUGGUGACAUUUGCAAGCGAAUGCACCGUGAGCCGCAGCACGUAAUCAACUUUUUGCUCACGGAAAUGGGAACGACGGGGAGUGUGGAUGGAAGUGGACGUCUAGUCAUCAAGGGCAAGUUCCAGCAAAAGCAAGUCGAAAACAUUCUUCGACGGUACAUUGACGUGCAAGUCACCAGAUACAUUGCUCACGAAAGAGACGCGUAUCUCCUUCAUCACCUGCGAGACCUGCGGUUCGCGGCAGUCGGUAUCGGCGAUCAAGGCUGGUUACACUGCUCAAGUCGGCAAGAGGAAGAAGCAGCAAGUCUAAUCGUCCUCUAUGCCUCGGGUACCGUUGUAGACGAUUCGUUGUAUCUUAACCUUCAAUCAUUAUCUAUUGGCGUCCCACCUCCCAAACGCCAUCUCCCACUACCAAUCCCCAUCCCUUAUCCUUCCUUUUUCUCAAAGCAACAGGACCUCGCAUACCUCGAAGAGACUAUCAUCCGAAACGUAGAUGUACUGUGCAGAAGUGGAGAGGUGCUAGCCAUUAUUGGAGGGUCUGGUUCGGGUAAGAGCACGCUACUGAGCGCAGUCGUGGGUAGACUCGCGAAUCUCCCAGUCAGGAAUGGAGCAAUAUCUUUUUCUCAUACCUCGUCACCAGAAGACGAGAUUCAGCUGCUCACAGCUGGUCAAAUGAAGGACAAGAUUGGCUUUGUCCCGCAAAAUGAUUACCUCUUGCCAAACUUGACAGUUCGAGAAACACUACACUAUGCUGCAGAGCUUCGACUUCCAUCGACCAUUGACCGCCAAACCCGGACGGCAAUUGUUAACCAAACGCUUGAAGAACUCGGUCUCACAGACGCUGCAGAUACAGUUAUUGGAGGAUUCGGAAACAUUCGAAAAGGCAUCAGCGGUGGAGAACGACGGCGUGUCACCAUUGCUUGCAUCUUGGUCGCACUUCCUUCUGUAAUUGUACUCGACGAGCCAACAAGUGGUCUUGAUGCGUUCACGGCAAGUAUUCCAGGCGCUUAUAUUCACAUAGCUGACUUGCCUCAGGCAUACCAACUACUUCUGACGCUGUCAGAGCUCGCAAAACGAAACAGAACCGUCAUUCUAUCCCUCCAUCAACCCCGCUCAGACGCGUUCGCCCUCUUUACCCGACUUCUCGUCCUGUCCAAAGGCUCUGUUGUCUACUCUGGACUGACAUCCCGAUGUCUGCCCUGGUUCGCAUCGCACGGGCUCGAGCCGGAUGUUGGUGUGAAUCCAUUAGAUUUUCUAAUCGACAUCUCGAGCAUCGAAAUUGGUGAUGAUGACAAACGCGAGGCGAGUCAAGCACGUCUCCACCGUCUCGUGGCCGCAUGGAAAGAAAAUGGGGCAGCGUAUACUGCGGAACCAAUGACAGGAGCGGAGAAAGUUGCAGUUUCUAAAGAGGGUGUAGCGACAAGACCGACAUCCGAACGCACACUUAAUCGACCAGGAUAUCUCUCGCAGGUGGCCACGCUUACGGCUCGGGCGAGCAAGAACAAUCUUCGUAAUCACAGUCAAACGAUAGGCUACGCGCUUCAAGCCAUCAUCAUUGGAGUCAUGCUAGGAUUGUCCUACUUUAGGCUAGGAGAGACACCUGCCGAUAUUCAAAGUCUAAAGACGCUCUGCUUUCAGCAUCUCCCAGCCUAUUUCUAUCUCACAAUGGUCUAUUCGAUUUACCGAUACUGCCACGAGCUUGUCGUGUUUGACCGAGAGAGUGCCGACCAUCUGUACAAAGCCGCUCCAUGGGUCGUCAGCGAAUUCGUUUCCAGCCUUCCACUUAACGUCAUCUUCUCAAUGCUCUUCACGGUUAUCAUGUACUUCAUGGCUGGAUUGCGCGUCGACUCACUCGCCCAAAACCUGUUCACCCUCAUUGGCAAUUCUAUCCUCGUUCAGCUCGGGUCCGUUGGCUUUGCUCUCCUUUCGGCAUCACUUUUUCGGCCCUUUGAAAGCGCUUCCUUGGUCGCAAAUGGUUUAUCUAUCUUUCUACUGCUCGCCACAGGCUAUGUUCUCAUCCAUAUCCCGGUAUAUGUCCGCUGGAUUCGCUAUAUUUCGGUGUACUGGUAUGGAUUCCGUAUCGUCACGAUUUCUCAGUUUCGUGGACGAAGGUUUGCGUGCGAGGGGGUGAGCGGAAUCGCGGCGAACCAAUGUGUUGGAGACCGGGUGCUGACUGGUCUGAAUAUCUCCGCGAGCGAUUCCCUAUGGAGAUAUUUCGUUCCGCUUCUGGGCAUAGUCGUGGCUCUCAAUGUGCUGGCAGCAGUCAUUCUGACAUUCUGGAAACCAGGUGGAGUCAAGCACGCCGGAAGACCCGGGUCGUCUGGCAAAGAAGUAAUCAUCGAGAGCGACAUGGAUAUUGCACGUCAACGUGUCAACGUGACUGUAAACCAAGUGUCUCUUGCAUGGUCUCGACCACGCUUCUUCAUACUCCAACCAACGCGAAAGGAGAUCUUAGCGAAUAUCUCCUUCACAUGUCCGUCCGGACAAAUUACUGCAAUCAUGGGUCCUUCCGGAGCAGGUAAAUCAAGUCUCCUACAACUCCUUGCCGCCCGGUCCAUGAAUGCGGGACCCUUUGCACGAUUCGAGCGAAACGGCAACAUAUUAUUUAACGGCAAGACUUUUUCCAGAGCGGACAGCAAUAUGGUGUCGUUUGUGCAACAGGACGACGACUAUCAUCUACCUGCGUUAACAGUCCGUGAGACGCUCCGAUACGCGGCUAUCCUGCGACUCCCGCACACAAUGUCAAAGCGGAGCAAACUUGGCCGCGCUGAGGAAAUGAUUCGUAUGUUUGGGUUAAAUGAUUGUGAGAAUACUCUGGUUGGGGGACCAUUGCUCAAGGGCAUUUCCGGUGGAGAAAAGAGGCGACUCAGUCUUGCGGUGGAAAUGCUAAACGACCCGGCUGUGCUUAUUGUCGACGAGGUGACAUCAGGCUUGGAUGCGGCUACUGCACACAAUGUCAUGCUCAGAUUAAAAGCAAUUUCGGAAAGCGGUCGAACUGUGAUGCGUGGUAUUAUCAUCGGUCCCUUCUCAUUAGAUACAGUAACCCUUCAUCAGCCGCGAAGUGAUAUUUAUCACCUUCUAGACAACGUGAUCGUGCUCGCAAAAGGUGGACGUACGGUAUAUGCCGGCCUACGAAAGCAAGUCGAAUCGACUUUUGCUUCGCAAGGGUACACAAUACCUGCAUACUUUAAUCCUGCCGACUUUCUCCUCGACGUCGUCUCGAUCGAUAGUCGGCCGCUUUACGAAGGUCAAUCACGCGAGCGUGUAGGGAAACUGGUGAGCUAUUGGAAGUCAGAAGAGGAGAAACGAGGACAUGUGGAAGGUGGGAAUACGAUGGAUGAGAAUGGUCAUCCGGAGCCCGUCAUUGUCCAGGAGGAUAGAUUGACCCCGAUGUGGAUUGCGGUACCAGUGUUACUGGAGAGGACGCUACGGAAUAUGUGGAGGCAGCAAUCGAUCUUUUGGGUACGCCUACAACAGGCACCACUGUCUGCCGCGCUCUUCCUACUGUUCUUCCAGAGGCUGAGCAAAGGACCUUCGGGUGGACAAGAUCGUAUCGGGUACUUCCAGCAACUUGUUGGGUCAAUGCCGUUUCUGGGUCUGUUCAGCUCGGUGGCAAUCUUCCCGGCUGAACGAGACGUAUUCUUCCACGAAUACCGGUCGAGUGCGGCAUACUCUACGGCAACGUUUAUCAUCGUCACGACACUGGUGGAAACUCCGUUUACUUUUGUGGCGAAUAUUUUGUUCGCGCUGUUCACGAAUCUCGUGGCAGGUUUAACAACCUCACCUCGUAUCUUUUUCGAGUUUGCGUUUAGCACGUUUGCGAUGCAGAGCUUUGGCGAGAGUGUAGGCAUUAUCUUUGCAACAUUUACGCCUUCGAUGGGGCUGAGCACUUUUCUGGUGUCCACGGUCAUCUCGGUAAUGAUGCAAUUUUCGGGGUUGACUUCGCUCUCUGUGCCAAAGUGGUUGCAAGCAAUUGCGUGGUCCACGGCGGUGAAGCCGGGUAUUCGAUUGCUGGUAAUCAAUGAAGCGUCGGGGCUACACUUGAACUGCCCUCCGGAUACAAUUGCGAGCGGUGAAUGUCUGGUACAGGACGGCUCAGAUCUGAUUGACUUGUUUGGAUGGAAGGAUCUAGAUCGGACCAAACUUGUGCUGAUUAUUGCAGGACUGUGCGUUGGGUGGCGGGUGCUGUCUUGGAUGCUGCUCAUGGUCCAGAUGCGCGGCUGGUGA